GCUCCAGGUGCGCGCUGGGACCGGGCACGGCGGGGCCGGAGCGGGGCCGGAGCCGACGGGGUUGGAGCAGGAAUGGGCUCCAAAGCCAAGGCCAUUGCCAGUCUCCUGGCAGCCACCUGUGUCUGCAGUGUCAUCGCCCUCAUUCUGAGCGUCGUGAAUGUCAAGGAUGUGCUUCUUCCCCCCAGCACCAAGUACGGUCUGGUGUUUGAUGCUGGCUCCACACACACGUCCCUCUACAUCUACCGGUGGCCUGCAGACAAGGAGAACGGCACCGGCAUUGUCUCCCAGGUGGAGGCCUGCUCUGUGUCCGGACCCGGCAUCUCCAGCUACGCCGAUGAGCCUGCAGGGGCUGGCGCCAGCCUGAAGCCUUGCCUGGACAAGGCCAUGAAGAUCGUCCCGGCCGAGCAGCAGCGGGAGACCCCCACGUACCUGGGGGCCACGGCCGGCAUGCGGCUGCUGAGGAGGAUGUGGGCAGGCAGGGGUGAAACGGGGAGCACGUGGAAGGUGCCUCUGGGGCUUGUGAGGCCCAAAGUCCCUGAAGGAAGGGAGGGAGGGAGGGAGGGAGCGUGGGUGAGCGCUCCUGCAGCUCAGCCUAACCCUGGCCGCGUGUGGGGCCAGUUCUCGUUUGCAGAGCAAUGGGAACAUCCCCAGGACACCGAGGUUCUGGGAGCUCUGGACCUUGGCGGUGCCUCGACGCAGAUCACCUUCCAGCCCGGGGUCCCUGUGCAGGACAGGAACACGUCCGUGUUCUUCCGGCUCUACGGCACCAACUACUCCCUGUACAGCCACAGCUACCUGUGCUACGGGCAGAGCCAGGCCCUGAAGAUGCUGCUGGCAGCUCUGCACCAGGCCAGCUCGAGUGCCCAGAUCUCCCACCCCUGCUACCCGCGGGGGUACCGGGAGAACCUCACUGUGGCAGAGCUGUACGACAGCCCCUGUGUGCGUGCACCGAGCUCAGCCAGCCCUGGCCUGGUCCUGACGGUGACAGGGACAGGGGAGCCAGGCGCGUGUGGCACGGCCAUCCAGAGUCUCUUCAACUUCAGCUGCGGGGCAGAGCGGCCGUGCGGGUUCAAUGGGGUGUAUCAGCCCCCCGUGCGGGGACAGUUCUUUGCUUUUGCUGGGUUCUACUACACCUUCCACUUCCUGAACCUGACCCGCCAGCAGUCUCUGAGUGAGGUCAACACCACAGUCCAGUCCUUCUGCAGGAGGAACUGGACAGAGCUGGUGCAGAGCUUCCCGCAGGAUUUGAAGCACCUGCACACCUACUGCUCCAUGGCCAUUUACAUCCUGACACUGCUGCUCGAUGGCUACAAGUUCAACGAGCACACCUGGAGCAACAUCCACUUCAGCAAGCAGGCAGCAAACACUGACAUCGGCUGGACACUGGGCUUCAUGCUGAACUUCACCAACAUGAUCCCUGCCGAGGCUCUGCAGCACGUCAAGGGCCACCAGCCCGGCCUGUGGGCAGGGGCUGUCUCCUUCCUCGUGCUGGCCAUCCUGGCAGGCCUGGUGGCUGUUUUCCUACAAUGCUUCUGGAAAACAAAGUAGCUCCCAACCUCCUGACUACAGGCAUCCUGCCCACUAAACCAGGGAAUUGGUGCAGAAGAGGUGGAAAGUGAAGAAUGAAGGCAUUAGACCCAUCUCCAUUGCUCAGGACAUCUGACUGGGUCAUCUCUGUGAAUGUGGAAGAUGACAAAGGUGUAUUGAUCUCUCUCCAAGAGGAAGAAGACUCCUUUAAUCUGACUGCCAAAAGCUGAUUGAGACUUGCUGGCUGGAUGAAGCCAGAAAAACUCAAA